AUGCCAGAGACCACGAAUGGCUAUGGCAGCUCCUAUGCUGCAAAGCACAACCUUCCCUCGCAUUUUAUUGGCGGUAACCGCUUAGAUCUCGCUCCGCCAGGUGCGGUCAAGGAUUUCGUUGCCCAGCAUGAUGGUCACUCUGUCAUUACUUCUGUUCUGAUUGCGAACAAUGGUAUUGCUGCGGUGAAAGAAAUCAGAUCAGUCCGGAAAUGGGCCUACGAUACAUUUGGUGAUGAGCGCGUUAUUCAAUUCACGGUUAUGGCCACCCCGGAAGAUCUUGAGGCAAAUGCAGAUUAUAUUCGAAUGGCUGAUCGAUAUGUGGAGGUUCCGGGAGGCACGAACAAUAACAAUUUCGCCAACGUCGAGCUUAUCGUCGAUAUUGCGGAGAGAAUGGGUGUCCAUGCGGUGUGGGCUGGCUGGGGCCACGCAUCUGAGAACCCAAAACUUCCUGAAUCUUUAGCGGCUUCGCCAAAGAAGAUCAUUUUCAUCGGCCCUCCCGGGUCAGCUAUGAGAUCGCUUGGUGACAAAAUCUCCUCUACUAUCGUCGCGCAACAUGCUGGGGUGCCGUGUAUCCCGUGGUCCGGUACGGGAGUCGAUGAAGUUAGAGUUGACGAUAAUGGCAUUGUUACAGUUGAGGAUAGUAUUUACGACCUUGGAUGCACACAUUCCCCACAAGAAGGCUUGGAAAAGGCCAGAGCUAUUGGUUUUCCCGUCAUGGUUAAAGCCUCGGAGGGAGGUGGUGGAAAGGGUAUUCGUAAAGUGGAGAGGGAGGAGGACUUUGUCAACCUCUAUAACGCCGCUGCAAGUGAAAUACCCGGGUCUCCCAUCUUCAUCAUGAAACUCGCUGGGAAUGCCAGGCAUCUAGAGGUCCAGUUGUUGGCUGAUCAGUAUGGCAACAACAUAUCCCUUUUCGGUAGGGACUGCUCCGUUCAACGUCGUCACCAAAAGAUUAUUGAAGAGGCACCUGUCACUAUUGCGAAACCGGCUACUUUCCAGGCCAUGGAACGAGCUGCGGUGAGGCUCGGAAAGCUCGUCGGAUAUGUCUCGACAGGUACCGUGGAAUAUUUGUACUCCCACGCCGAUGACAAGUUUUAUUUCCUAGAGCUGAAUCCACGAUUGCAAGUUGAACAUCCAACUACCGAGAUGGUCACUGGAGUUAAUUUACCAGCUGCCCAGCUUCAAAUUGCUAUGGGUAUCCCCUUGCAUCGAAUCCGAGAUAUUCGACUCUUGUACGGCGUUGAUGUCAACACCAGUUCAGAGAUCGAUUUUGAUUUCGCCAACGAGGAUAGUCUUAAAGCUCAGCGACGCCCUCAGCCAAAAGGUCACACCACAGCCUGCCGUAUUACCUCCGAAGACCCCGGCGAAGGCUUCAAGCCAUCUAGCGGAACAAUGCACGAGCUCAACUUCCGCAGCAGCUCUAAUGUGUGGGGUUACUUCUCUGUUGGGACUUCUGGUGGCAUUCAUAAUUUUUCCGAUUCUCAAUUUGGUCAUAUCUUCGCCUAUGGAGAGAAUCGAUCGGCAUCUAGAAAACACAUGGUUAUGGCUCUGAAAGAAUUGAGUAUCCGUGGUGACUUCCGAACCACUGUCGAAUACCUCAUCAAACUUUUAGAAACCCCUGCUUUCGAAGACAACACCAUCACCACCGGCUGGCUCGACGAACUUAUCACCAAAAAACUAACCGCCGAACGCCCAGACCCUGUUGUCGCGGUUAUUUGUGGAGCUGUUGCUCAAGCUCACGUAGCAAGUGAAGCUUGCAUUGCGGAAUACAAAAAGGGCCUUGAAAAGGGUCAAGUACCAGCCAAAGAUGUCCUUAAAACAGUGUUCACGAUUGAUUUCAUCUAUGAGGACACCAGAUACAAGUUUACCGCGACUAGGGCAAGCUCCGAUAGCUAUCACCUGUUUAUAAACGGAUCGAAAUGCUUGGUUGGCGUCCGCGCCCUGGCCGAUGGCGGACUUCUUGUUUCGCUAAAUGGACGAAGCCACAAUGUGUACUGGAAAGAUGAGCCUGCUGCCAUUCGCUUAAGUGUGGAUGGCAAAACUUGCCUCCUUGAAGAAGAAAACGACCCCACGCAACUUCGAACACCUAGCCCAGGAAAACUGGUGCAUUAUACCGUGGAAAACGGGGCGCAUGUUAAUGCCGGUGAAGUCUUUGCCGGAAUUGAAGUCAUGAAGCUAUAUAUGCCUUUGAUUGCUCAAGAAGAUGGUGUCGUACAAUUCAUCAAACAGCCUGGCGCGACCCUGCAGGCGGGAGAUAUUCUCGGUAUCCUCACAUUGGAUGACCCGUCCAGAGUGAAACAUGCUCAGCCGUUCCUCGGACAAAUGCCAGAUAUGGGUCUUCCUCAAGUUGUGGGUAACAAACCGCCGCAGCGGUUUAAGCUGCUCCACAAUAUCUUGCAAGACAUCCUCCUUGGCUUUGAUAAUCAAGUUAUUAUGUCUCCUACGUUGGCAGAAUUAGUUGACGUAUUGAGAGAGCCUGACUUGCCAUACGGCGAAUGGAAUGCACAGGUUUCUGCGCUUCAUUCCCGAAUGCCACAGAAACUUGAUGCCCAGCUGACUCAAGUGAUUGAAAAAUCGAAAAUCCGAAAAUCCGACUUCCCUGCUGCGCUUUUGAUGAAGACGUUCACUCGCUUCCUAGACGACAAUGUUUCUCCUGCGGACGCUGAAUCACUAAAGGUCACGCUGGAUCCUUUAAUCCAAGUAAUUCAGGACUAUAGCGAGGGUUUGAGAGUCCAUGAAUACAACGUGAUCGCCGCCCUUCUGGAGCAAUAUUGGAAUGUAGAGCACCUUUUUGCCCAGAGAAAUAUCCGCGAUGAGGACGUGAUCCUGAAAUUGCGAGACGAACACAGAGACGACAUUGGCAAUGUGAUCCAGACCGUGCUUUCCCACUCCAAGGUUGGUGGAAAAAACAAUUUGGUGCUCGCGAUUCUUGAGACAUACCGACCAAAUAAACCAACUACCCCGAAUGUUGGGAAGUAUCUGAAGCCAAUACUGAAGAAACUGGCAGACCUUGAAUCCAGAGCUUGUGCUAAGGUCGCCUUAAAAGCUCGAGAACUCCUUAUUCAAUGCGCUUUGCCGUCUUUGGAAGAGCGUAUGGCUCAGAUGGAACAUAUUCUACGAUCUUCUGUCGUUCAGUCGAAAUACGGUGAGACCGGAUGGGAUCAUCGAGAACCCGAUAUUGACGUGCUCAAGGAGGUUGUGGACUCCAAGUACACAGUCUUUGACGUCCUUCCUCUUUUCUUUGGCCAUCAAGAUCAAUGGGUUUCAUUAGCAGCUCUCGAAGUUUAUGUUCGUCGGGCUUAUCGGGCUUAUGAUCUCCAAGGUGUUCAAUAUCACAAUGACCAGGACAGCCCAUUCUUCAUUUCAUGGGAUUUCGUCCUGCGAAAAGUUCCACAGGCAGAAUUCGGAAUGCACAGUGCUUCGACUAACCCAUCCGUCCCGAGCACCCCGACUACAGAAAAUAACCCAUUCAAAAAGAUCAGCUCCAUCAGUGACAUGUCGUAUUUAGUCAAUAAAGCUGGAAACGAACCGAUCCGAAAAGGUGUGUUGAUUCCUGUGCAGUACUUUGACGAGAUUGAGGAGGUACUUUCUCGGGCUUUGGAAGUGUUCCCACUAUCAGACCGUGUUCAUAAAUCCGGCUCAAAUAACGCUCUCGACUUGGCUGCGAAACGGAAGCCACUACCACGACCUGAACGCGAUGAACUUAUCGGCGUUUGCAAUAUCGCUAUCCGUGAUAUGGAGGGUCUUGACGACAAGGAAGUUGCUUCCCGACUCAGCAAGAUUAUGUCAGAUUAUAAGGACGAAUUGCAGGCUCGCCGUGUUCGAAGGAUAACAUUUGUCUGCGGCCACGGGGAUGGAACCUACCCUGGAUACUUCACUUUUAGAGGCCCUUCAUACGACGAAGAUGAGAGCAUUCGUCACAGUGAACCCGCCUUGGCCUUCCAACUUGAACUUGGCCGUCUGUCCAAAUUCAAUAUCAGCCCUGUGUUCACGGAGAAUAGAAAUAUUCACGUUUACGAAGCAAUCGGAAAAGGUCCCGCCAAAGAGGCGGCCUCUGAUAAACGAUAUUUCACCCGUGCUGUUGUCCGACCCGGCCGUCUACGAGACGAUAUACCCACAGCAGAAUAUCUGAUCUCCGAAGCGGACAAUCUGAUGAACGAUAUUCUGGAUGCUUUAGAAAUCAUCGGAAAUAAUAACUCUGACUUAAAUCACAUUUUCAUCAACUUCACGCCGGUUUUCCAGCUUCAGCCAUCUGACGUGGAACAAGCGCUGGCAGGCUUCUUGGAACGAUUCGGUCGACGCCUUUGGCGCCUCCGUGUCACUGGAGCCGAAAUUCGAAUUCUUUGCACUGACAAUACCACCGGCAUGCCUUAUCCUCUUCGUGUUGUGAUUACCAAUACAUCAGGGUAUAUCAUUCAAGUUGAGAUGUAUGUGGAAAGGAAAUCUGAAAAAGGAGACUGGGUAUUCCAUAGCAUUGGUGGUACCACCAAAAUUGGGUCAAUGCACCUUCGUCCAGUGACUACGCCCUACCCGACGAAGGAAUGGCUCCAGCCUAAGCGUUACAAGGCUCAUUUAAUGGGAACCCAAUACGUUUAUGAUUUCCCUGAACUUUUCCGACAGGCCUUCCAAAAUGCUUGGGCUGACGCUGUCGCUUCUCAGCCGUCACUCGCCGACAAGCGGCCUCCUCAGGGCGGAUGUAUGGACUACAGUGAGCUCGUUCUCGAUGAUUCCGAUCACUUAGUCGAAGUUUCCCGAGAACCUGGAACCAACACUCACGGCAUGGUUGGUUGGAUUAUCACUGCAAGGACCCCAGAAUAUCCCCGUGGUAGACGAUUUGUCGUUAUUGCUAACGAUAUCACCUACCAAAUUGGCUCUUUCGGGCCACAAGAAGAUAAGUUUUUCCACAAAUGUACCGAACUUGCGAGAAAACUAGGCAUCCCACGAGUCUAUCUGUCGGCCAAUUCUGGUGCUCGUAUCGGCAUGGCUGAGGAAUUGAUGCCACACUUCUCUGUUGCUUGGAACGAUCCCGAGAAACCAGAAGCUGGGUUCAAGUACCUUUACUUAACACCGGAAGUUAAGAAGAAGCUCGACGAGCGAAAGACGAAGGAUGUCAUCACUGAACUCGUUCAUGACGAUGGUGAGGACCGGUACAAGAUUACCACUAUUGUGGGCGCCAAAGAUGGACUAGGUGUUGAAUGCUUGAGAGGUUCUGGUCUCAUCGCUGGCGCAACCGCGAAAGCCUACGAAGAUAUAUUUACCAUUACUCUUGUGACGUGUCGCUCCGUCGGUAUUGGUGCCUAUUUAGUUCGCCUAGGUCACCGUGCCAUUCAGGUGGAAGGCCAACCUAUUAUCCUGACAGGCGCCCCGGCGAUCAACAAGCUUCUUGGGCGAGAGGUGUAUACAUCCAACCUGCAACUUGGUGGAACUCAGAUCAUGUAUAAGAACGGCGUCUCUCAUAUGACAGCCAACGACGAUUUUGAAGGUGUUCAGAAGAUUGUUCAAUGGAUGUCCUUUAUCCCAGAUCGCAAAGGCUCUUCGAUCCCGAUUCGGCCAAGUUUGGAUCCAUGGGAUCGUGAUAUUGCGUACUAUCCACCUCCUAAGCAAACCUAUGAUGUGAGAUGGCUCAUCGGCGGUAAGGAGGAUGAAGAAGGCUUCCUCCCCGGUUUAUUUGACAAAGACUCAUUCCAGGAAACGCUUGGAGGCUGGGCUCGAACUGUCGUGGUCGGCCGUGCUAGACUCGGCGGAAUUCCAAUGGGUGUCAUUGCGGUCGAAACUCGUUCAGUGGACAAUGUCACCCCGGCCGAUCCUGCUAAUCCGGAUUCUAUGGAAAUGGCCACAACUGAAGCCGGCGGCGUCUGGUACCCCAACUCAGCCUUUAAAACCGCCCAAGCUUUGAAGGACUUCAAUUAUGGCGAACAACUUCCAGUUAUGAUCUUGGCGAAUUGGCGCGGUUUCUCGGGUGGCCAGCGUGACAUGUACAACGAGGUCUUGAAGUAUGGUUCCUACAUCGUCGACGCGCUUGUGAAAUAUGAGCAGCCUGUUUUCGUUUAUAUUCCACCGUUUGGCGAGCUUCGUGGUGGCUCAUGGGUCGUUAUCGAUCCUACCAUCAACCCGGACCAAAUGGAAAUGUAUGCCGAUGAAGAUUCCCGUGGUGGCAUUCUCGAACCUGAAGGUAUCGUUGGCAUUAAAUAUCGUCGCGAGAAACAACUUGAUACUAUGGCUCGCCUCGAUCAAACCUAUGGCGACCUGCGACGAUCGCUUCAAGACACGUCUCUCAGCGCCGAAAAACUAUCCCAAAUCAAGAACAAGAUGACUGAGCGUGAAAGCCAAUUAUUGCCUGUGUAUCUUCAGAUUGCACUUCAGUUUGCUGAUCUCCACGAUCGUGCCGGUCGCAUGGAAGCAAAGGGCACAAUUCGCAAACCCCUUCAGUGGAAGAAUGCGCGUCGAUUUUUCUACUGGCGUCUCCGUCGCCGCCUUAGCGAAGAGCUUAUCCUGAAACGCAUGGCGUCUGUUACUACUGAGCCGACCCUUGAUAGUCCAGAGCCAUCAAGAAGUCCAUCUCCUACAACUUCUCCCGGAGCCGCGGAACCGACUGUUCGGGAAACUAAUCUUCUGACGCUUAAGGCUUGGACAGGAUUAUUAGAUAGGGACUUCGAAGACGACGACCGCCAAGUGUCUCUCUGGUAUGAAGAAAACAAGAAGACAUUGUACGACCGGGUUGAGGCGAUGAAAACCAACAAGGUUGCAAUGCAGGUUGCGCAGUUAUUGAUGGGAGACAAAGAAGGCGGUUUGAAGGGUGUGCAGCAGGUAUUGAGCAUGCUACCGCUGGAAGAAAAGGAAGCUGUUUUAAAAUACUUAGGCAGCUCCUAA